GCGCCUGCGCGUUGGCCGCGAGAGAGGAACAGUGCUGCUGGACCGUUGGGCUGCAGCGCCGUCGGCUGAGGGCGGUGCUGUGACUCCCGCUGUGGCCCUGGCGCGGUGGGAGCUGCCCGAAGCCCGCUCCGCGCCCCGCAAAGCGAGGGGGGGAAGCGGCGGCCGCGGCUCCAGCACCACAUGGCGGCGGCAUUAGCAACACAAACGCCGCCUCCGGCCCCGCCCCCGGGGCGCUCACGGCCGCUCUAGGCCGCGGGGAACAGCGACUCCUGGCCCGGAGACUCCUCCUCCUCCCGCGGCGCCUUCGGAGUCUCCGAACGGGCGCUGCGCUCCCCGCCAUGCCGCGCCCGGGCCGCUGCCCCUCGUCCUGGCUGCUGCCCGCUCUGCUCUUCCUCGCCUUGCUCGGCGGCGGCGGUGCCUCGCUGCCGCCGGGAUGCAAACAAGACGGCCGCCCCAGGAGCCCCGGCAGGUCCCCGGCCGAGGGGAAGAUGGUCUGCAGCAGCCUGGAGCUCGUUCGAGUCCUGCCGCCCGACGCGCUGCCCAACAGGACGGUCACCCUCUUUCCACCAUUUGGAUCUCUUGAGUUGUGUUUUAGUGGAUUAUUCAUUACUGAGCCCAAAGUCUCAUCACCUCAAUUAUUUGCAUGUUUAUUAAAUGAAGAUGUUGAGAAACUUAUUGCAGUAGUAUUGAGGAUUCUGAGCAACAAUAAAAUAUCGGAGUUGAAGAAUGGUUCCUUUUCUGGAUUAAGUCUUCUUGAAAGAUUGGACCUAAAGAACAAUCUUAUUAGUAUUAUAGAUCCAGGUGCUUUUAUGGGGCUUCCAUCUCUAAAAAGACUAGACUUAAGUAACAACAAAAUAGGCUGCCUGAAUGCAGAUAUAUUUAGAGGACUCAUAAAUCUUGUUAGAUUAAAUCUUUCAGGGAAUUUGUUUUCUGCACUAACGCAAGGAACCCUUGAUCAUCUUAACUCACUAAAGUCUUUAGAAUUUCAAACUGAUUAUCUUCUAUGUGACUGUAAUAUUUUGUGGCUGCAUCAGUGGUUAAAGGAAAGAAAUAUAACAGUCCGUGAAACUAAAUGUGCUUACCCCAAGUCAUUGCAAGCACAACUAGUAACAUCAGUUAAGCAGGAGCUUCUAACAUGUGAACCUCCUCUUGAAUUACCAUCUUUCUACAUGACUCCAUCUCAUCGUCAGGUUGUCUUUGAAGGAGACAGUCUGCCCUUCCAAUGCAUGGCUUCAUAUAUUGAUCAAGACAUGCAAGUAUUGUGGUACCAGGAUGGGAAGAUCGUUGAAACUGAUGAAUCUCAGGGUAUUUUUGUUGAAAAGAACAUAAUUCAUAAUUGCUCACUGAUUGCAAGUGCCUUGACUAUCUCAAAUAUUCAAGCUGGAUCCACUGGCAACUGGGGUUGUCAUGUGCAAACCAGACGUGGGAAUAAUACAAGAACUGUAGACAUUGUGGUGUUAGAGAGCUCUGCACAGUAUUGCCUUCCAGAGCGGGUUGUCAACAAUAAAGGAGAUUUCAGGUGGCCUAGAACAUUGGCAGGCAUUACUGCAUACCUACUGUGUACUCGUUACUCUGCUGGCAGUGGGAUAUAUCCUGGCAACUCUCAGGAUGAGAGAAGAGCUUGGCGCAGAUGCGACAGAGGAGGAUUCUGGGCAGAAGAGGACUAUUCUCGGUGCCAAUAUGCAAAUGAUGUUACUCGAGUCCUGUAUAUGUUUAAUCAGAUGCCACUCAACCUUACUAAUGCAGUUGCAACAGCAAGACAGCUUUUGGCUUACACUGUUGAAGCAGCAAAUUUUUCUGAUAAGAUGGAUGUUAUUUUUGUGGCUGAAAUGAUAGAAAAAUUUGGAAGAUUUGCUGAAAAGUACAAAGAGCUUGGUGAUGUGAUGGUGGACAUUGCAAGUAACAUUAUGCUAGCUGAUGAACGUGUUUUGUGGAUGUCACAGAGAGAGGCCAAAGCUUGCACUAGAAUUGUACAAUGUUUACAGAGAAUUGCUAUGUAUCGACUAGCAAAUGGGGCUCAAGUUUACUCAACAUACUCUCCAAAUAUUGCUCUGGAGGCUUAUGUAAUAAAGGCAACUGGCUUCACUGGGAUGACAUGCACUGUAUUUCAGAAAGUGGCUGCAUCAGACCGUACAGGACUUUCUGACUAUGGGAGAAGAGAUCCAGAUGGAAACCUAGAUAAGCAAUUAAGCUUUAAGUGCAAUGUUUCAAAUACACUGUCAAGUUUGGCAUUAAAGAACACUAUUGUAGAGGCUUCUAUUCAACUGCCACCCUCCCUUUUUACACGAAAGCAGAAAAGAGAAAUUAGGCCAGCAAAUGAGUCCAUCUACAAGCUUCAACUUAUUGCAUUUCGCAAUGGAAAACUUUUCCCAGCAACAGGAAAUUCAACAAAUCUGGCAGAUGAUGGGAAACGACGUACCGUAGUAACACCAGUUAUUCUCACCAAGAUAGAUGGUUUAAGCCUCGCCAGUCACCACAUUGCUAUUAACGUGACACUGCGACGUAUUGCUCAUGGAGCAGAUGCUGUUGCGGCACAAUGGGACUUUGAUUUGCUCAAUGGUCAGGGAGGAUGGAAGUCUGAUGGAUGUCACAUUAUCUCUUCAGAUGAAAACAUUACCACCAUUCAGUGCUACUCCCUCAGUAACUAUGCAGUCUUGAUGGAUUUGGCAGGAGGUGAAUUGUAUACCCAACCAGCUGCUCUCUUGCAUCCAGUUAUUUAUGCUACUUCUAUAGUUCUGCUAAUGUGCCUCUUGAUGAUCAUAGUCAGCUAUAUAUACCACCAUGGUGUGAUCAGGAUCAGCGUUAAAAGCUGGCAUAUGUUAGUUAACCUGAGCUUCCAUAUUUUCCUGACAUGUGUGAUGUUUAUUGGAGGUAUAACUCAGACCAAAAGCACCAGCGUCUGCCAAGCAGUUGGGAUAAUUCUGCAUUAUUCUACUCUUGCCACAGUACUGUGGCUGGGAGUGACAUCUCGUAACAUCUACAAACAAGUUACUAAAAAAGCAAAGAGGUGUCAAGAUCCUGAUGAGCCGCCUCCUCCACCUAGACCAAUGCUCAGAUUCUACCUUAUUGGCGGAGGAAUCCCUAUCAUAGUUUGUGGGAUAACAGCAGCAGCUAACAUCAGGAACUACGGCAGCAGGCCUAAUGCCCCAUAUUGCUGGAUGACGUGGGAACCGAGCCUAGGAGCCUUUUAUGGACCAGCUAGCUUCAUAAUUUUCAUAAACUGCAUGUAUUUUCUCAGCAUCUUUAUACAAUUGAAACGACACCCUGAACGCAAAUUUGAACUUAAAGAGCCAGCUGAAGAACAGCAGCGUUUAGCUACCAGUGAACAUGGGGACCUGAAUCAUCAGGAUUCAGUGUCAGUCUCACUGGUUUCCACAUCAGCUUUGGAGAAUGAGCACAGUUUUCAAGCUCAGCUUCUGGGAGCAAGCCUCACUUUGUUUUUGUACGUUGCUUUGUGGAUUUUCGGGGCCUUGGCAGUUUCUCUGUAUUAUCCCAUGGACUUGAUUCUUAGUUGCUUUUUUGGGGUCACAUGUUUAAGCCUUAGUGCCUUUCUUAUGACGCAUCAUUGUGUUAAUAGGGAAGAUGUCAGGCAUGCUUGGAUAACAGCCUGCUGUCCUGGAAGGAGCACAUACUCAGUGCAAGUUAAUGUUCAGCCCUCUAAUUCUAGUGGGACUAAUGGAGAGACUCCUAAGUGUACCAACAGCAGUGCGGAAUCUUCGUGCACUAAUAAAAGUGCAUCAAGCCUAAAAAAUUCUUCUCAAGGUUGUAAACUAACCAACAUACAGGCUGCAGCAGCUCAAUGCCAUCCUAAUUCUUUACCACUGAACACAGGUCCUCAGCUUGAUAACAGUCUGACUGAGCAUUCAGUAGACAAUGACAUCAAAAUGCACGUGGCUCCAUUAGAGAUACAGUUUCGGACAAAUGGACAUCAAAGCCGGCACCAUAAAAACAGAAGUAAGGGACAUCGCGCAAGCAGGCUUACAGUGUUGAGGGAGUAUGCAUACGAUGUCCCCACCAGCGUGGAAGGAAGUGUUCAAAAUGGCUUAUCUAAAAAUCGACAAAGCAACAGUGAAGGACAUUCAAGGAGUCGAAGAGCCUAUUUAGCAUACAGAGAACGCCAGUAUAACCAGUCCCAACAAGAUAGUAGCGAUGCUUGCAGUACACUUCCAAAAAGCAAUAAAAAUAGUGAAAAACCCAUUGCUACAAACAACAAAAAAGAUGUUCUGAAGAAACCAAUAGUAGUUGAACUUGAAAGCCAGCAAAAAUCAUAUGGCUUAAAUUUAGCCAUUCAGAAUGGACAACUUAAAGGCAGUGGACAGGAUGGACCAUUGCUCACUGCAGACAGCACUGGCAAUAUUAGGACUGGGUUAUGGAAACAUGAAACUACUGUGUAGCAAUAUUGUACUUCAUCAUGGGAGAAACUCAUGUGAACUGUGAUUCACACAUUCCCUUAAGCUAUUAACGCUUUUAAAAACUGUUUACAAACAAUUGGUACUUCAUUAGAUAGGAGAAGAAGAGAAUCUGCCAUGCAAAAUAUUUUAUACAUUUUGGGAGUAUCUUGGGUGUUUUUUACAAAGAAACUUCUUCUCUUCUGUGAAUUUUUUUUUUUUUUAAGCAUCAGGUCCGGUUUGGAGAUGCAGACCAGAACUUUUUUUAAAAAAUUCUUACAGAUCGCCCCCCACGUGUCCACAACACAUUUCAAGUUUGUAUUAAAAUGUGUAUUAAAGAGUAUUUUCCCAGCAAGCAUUAUGUAAUGUGCAAGUUUGUCAAGAUUAUUAGCUGUAGUAUGUCUUUUUGGAUUUACUACUUAAUUUCAAUGUCUGGGAAUUUUACCACAGCUUUUAGUUGCUUUAAAAAAAAACCAAAAACAAAUAAAAACCUGUUUCUAAAUGUGCCGAUAUUUCACAUGUAAUGCAGCUGGUUUGGUUGCAUUAAUCCUGAAGUUUGAAUGAAACAGAGAAACGACAUUUUUAAAAAUAAAAGGUUUGUGACUUAAAGACAA